CGGGAUCUGAUCUGAUCUGAUCACCACUGAUCACUUAGCACCCAGCACCACUUCGAAGUCGCAGAGCUGCUCGACUCACGGGGCGUCGAGGGUACGUGUGUGGAACGGCUGAGAGAAGCUGCCGAAGAUCAGCUCCUUGUGUGCCAGCCAGACCGCCCGCUGGCGGUCCAGUUCACCUUCAACGCGGUCCUGACUCAGGUCCCCAUCUCCCGCACGGUUGGUUCCUGCCUUGUUCCUUCGGUGCCGUCAGCAGCAUCUGCCCACGGCACAGACCGACCACACCACCGUCUGUCUGUCUGUCUGUCUGUGUGUGUGUUGCUUCCACUGUUACAAUUCGCACUGACUGACGAGCAUCUCAUCUUCGGCAUGAUCAUGGGGCUGCUAGAGUGCCUCUCGCCGUGGCUCGGGUGGGAGCAAGAUGCCAGCUGCCGCAUCUGCCUGGACAGCAAAGAGGACAUCGACACAGGGCCGCUCAUAUCGCCAUGCGAGUGCAAAGGAACAGGUGCAAGGGCGGGGAGCGGAGGGGUACUUGACGAGGGGGACAAGGAGAUCGCACCAAUGAUUCAUUGUUCUUUGAUGUGUUCUCUUAGUCAAGUGGGUCCACCUUGCCUGCUGGGAGGAGGGGCUGCAAUGGAGACGCAAGUGCUGCAUCUGCAGGGCGCCGUAUGUUCUUGGUGUGCGCUUGUCGCACGCAGUUGAGGCUCUACCCUCACUGUGCAGGAUGGUUGCCGCUAUUGUGGUGGACGACCUCUGCAAGGCACGGCCUUUUCUCACUUCAACCGUCAACCAGGUGUUCUCUGCCGUCCGCCACGGGCUCGCAGCUGUUCCACAAAAGGAGAGGGAGAGCUUCGCCAGCUACCUUGUCUUUCUUGCCGCCGGGAUGCUCUGCGUGAUGGUGUUGGAGCUUGUCAAGCACUUGCUGCUGGGCCUCCUCCAUCGUCUCUAUCAUCACCCAGCCCGCCGCUCCCUACACCCCGUCGUCUGCGUGACGGCUUUGUCCACCGUGGUGCCCAUAGCGCAUCGCCUUUGCGGGAUGGCAGCGGAGGGGGUGUGCGUUCGAGGUCUGAAGUUUCUUCUCUCGAGGUCGUGUGCACAGCAUUCGUGCGGGCUGUGCGACGUUCGUGAGCUCAUCGUGCUGAUCUCUAUACCAUGGGUGGUGAGGGGUCUUCCACUGGAAGGUGCCAUGUGUUUUCUUCGCCUUAUGUGGACCGACUUGCGUCAUGCACUAGGUCGUCCGUGCCGGAGCAACAACACGAUCACGUCCCCUUCCACUGCACUGGGACUGUUGCAGAUUGUGGGCGGCGGUGGGAUGGUCGCGAUAUCUCUCUCGCUGGCCUUGUUUCCGCUACGUCGGUGCCUUUGUUGCAGUGCUCGCCCUGUCACUUGCCGUGUGGGACACAGGCUCCUGCUUCGUGUGCUUUGGGCCGGUGCGGGGCUGUGUUAUGCUGGCGGCGAUGCUUUGCCCAUCCUGGCUGAUCUUGUCUGCAGAGAGGCGAAUGCGCGUCUUUCUGCGCACCAGCGGGUGGGGGGCGUGGCUGGAUGCGUUGUGCUGCUAGCGUCUUUGUCCGACGGCCCUUUGACUGCCUCUGGUGUAGAAGAGUGUGUGGCGGUGGAUGUUUAAUGCAUGCUCUGUCUUAGCCUGUCGUGUCUUAACUACACAUAGGAUGGGUGGCUCACUAGAAACG